AGAGAGAGAGAGAGCGAGCACACAAGCAGGGGAAAGGCGGAGAGAGAGGGAGAUACAGAAUCUGAAGCAGGCUCCAGGCUCUGAACUGUCAGCACAGAACCCAGCGUGGGGCUCAAACCCAUGAGAUAAUGACCUAAGCCGAAGUCGUACACUUAACCGACUGAGCCACCCAGACAUCCCCAGAAUUUUUACAUUUUAGUGUGGUGAAGUGUAGCAGUAUUUUCCUUUAUAGGUUAUUGUUUGUAAGUUUUAAUAGUCUUUCCUUACCUCAUGAUCAUGCAGAUAUUCAGCAUUUUUUUCUCCCAUUUUUGGCUUUCAAAUUUAGGCCUAUAACCUCUCUGGAAAUGUUUUUUUGGUGUGGUGCAAGAUGGGACUCAUUUUUUUCUUCAUAUGCAUAUCCAUUUAAUCUUAGCAUAUUUAUUGACCUUUCCCCCCACUGAUUAGUCCUCCUACCUUAUCAUAUUCCCAAUUUGACCUACAUGGUCAGUAUUAUAUGUAUAUGUGUGUGUAUAUUCAGUUUUAUGCUUCAUUCUGUAUGUAGUUUGCAGUAUUUGCUUUUUUCCUUGGCUGUAUUUCAUACACAUUUCCCUAUUGCAAACUUGAUUAGUGGGUAUAUAAUAGCUUGUUGAUAGAGGAUAACGUGGUUGCUCAUUCCCCUAUUGUCACAUGUUUAAUUUUCCCUCUAAUAAACAAUAUGUGGCAAAUGUGUCUUAAAAUGCUGAUCUACUGGCAAAAUGGGACUGUGCACCCCAGGGUCACCUGCCUCCCCAGUAGGUCUCAGCCUCUUCCCUUCUCUGUGGAGUGUCCUCCCCCACCAUGCAUUUACAUAUCUCAAGUUAUCUGUCAAUGAGCAAGUGUUGUGGUGGUCAUGGAUUGCCCUGACCAGAUCUUCCUUCAAGGAAGGGCCAGUGGUCUCAGCUGGAGGCAAUGCUGGCCUUGGUCAGCCAUAAGCUUUCAACCCCUUCAGAGACUGCCUCAGCUGUUGGGAGUGCUUUGCCCGUGGUCAUGUCCUUCCAACGUGGGCCAUAUCCUAUGGCUGAUGGAGGCAGGAAUGUAAAGGCUCAGCCAUUUAUACCCAACCUGAGAGGGUGUCCUUGGGCUGACAUCAAAGCUCGACUUGUCCCUCUGUCCAAACCUGUUUCCUUCUUAGUCCCUUCACAGGGGUUGAUCCCUAAUAGACCUCCUGUGCGCUAUACGCCAUCUCACAAGCCACUUCCCAGAGAACCCAACCUGUGACAGUUGCCUUCUUUGCUUUGAACCAGGAAUAUAAGUCCACAGCCUCUUACUGCCCAGGUAGAUGAUAUGGAGGCCAGGCUAACUUGGGGGAAGAAGGAAGUGCUCUUAAUAUGAAAUAGAUCUCUUGACACUUUAUAUGAGCUAUGCCAUAUGGGCUUGAAGAAUCCAGCAAUUCUUUGAGGAAUCCAGUUCAACUCUGAAUGUGGAGAGAAAUGGGGGCAGGGUGGGAGGAGAGGGACAGCAGAUUCUUAAACAUUUCUAAUAUAUUCAAAAUGUAUUUUGGAAGCUAAGCUUCUCUGAAUUCUAUGCAUAAUAAAGUUUAUUUUCCAUUGUGAAAGUAAUACAUGUUUAUAGUAGAAAAUUUAGACGGGAAAGAAGAAAAACAUCCAAUUAGCAUAAGGUCUUCUAAGCAUUGUUUAUUUUGAAUUUGGUUGUUUUACAUUGGUAUAAAUCACACCAUUUGUAUAACUUUGCCAUAGCAUAUUGUUUACUUAAUGUUAUAACCUUUUCCCAUGCUGUUGUAUCUUUUUAUAAACAUUAUUUUCAAUGGACCCAUUAUAGUAUAAUCCAAUGAAUAUGCUGUGGUUUAUUUAACCAUAAUAUUGACUAUUUGGUCUGUUUAUAGUCUUCUGCUAUUAUAAGUGACGUUGCAAAGAAAUCUUUGUGUGCAAAUUUUUUUUCCUAUAUUUAAUAUUAUUUCCUUGGGAUAGAUUCCCAGAAGUGGGAUGACUCGAUAAAGGGGUUUGAAUGUAGGCUUUUGAUUCGGGUAGCUAGGUUGCUUUCCUGAAGGGCAAUACUGGUCUUCACGUUCACUUUUUGCUAUUGAGUGAGGAAUAGUUUACGUAACUUUGUACCUGUUUGAGUGGCCAGAAACCUGGAGCAAAGAGAGACACAGAACUGGGCUUCCCUAGGUGGGGGGAGUAGGGGCUUUUUUCAAAUGGACAUGGUCCAGCCUUCAUCACCUUCCCACUUUCAAUUUCCAUGCUCUCUCUCAUCCAGAAUAUAAGUAGAGCAGGGACCAUGACUCAUUCACUUAUCCUGUGUGGGGAUUUGAAAAGCCUCAUGAUAGAGAGUGUGCUUGCCCUUGCCCUUGUCCCUCUAGGUAAAUGUGUGACCAUGAUGGUGCUAACUCCAUGGUCAGUGAUCAGACCAGGAAGUCUAAAGGGAAAGGAUCUGGAGACUCACCGCUAGAAGACGAUGAAGUCGGGUAUUCACACGCUAGAUAUAAAGACACCCCAUGGUGCUCCCCCAUCAAGGUGAAGUAUGGGGAUGUGUACUGCAGGGCCCCUCAAGGAGGAUACUACAAAACAGCCCUGGGAACCAGGUGCGACAUUCGCUGCCGGAAGGGCUAUGAGCUGCAUGGUUCUUCCCAGCUCAUCUGCCAGUCAAACAGGCGCUGGUCCGACAAGGUCAUCUGCAAGCAAAAGCGGUGCCCCGUUCUGGCCAUGCCAGCGAAUGGAGGGUUUAAGUGCGUCGAUGGUGCCUACUUUAACUCCCGGUGUGAGUACUACUGCUCACCAGGAUACACGUUGAAAGGGGAGCGGACGGUCACGUGCAUGGACAACAAGGCCUGGAGCGGCCGCCCAGCCUCCUGUGUCGAUAUAGAACCUCCUAGAAUCAAGUGCCCAAGUGUGAAGGAACGCAUUGCUGAACCCAAUAAGCUGACGGUCCGGGUGUCCUGGGAGACGCCGGAGGGCAGAGACACGGCAGAUGGCAUUCUAACUGAUGUUAUUCUAAAAGGCCUCCCACCAGGCUCAAAUUUUCCAGAAGGAGACCACAAGAUCCAGUACACAGUCUAUGACAGAGCUGAGAACAAGGGCGUUUGCAAAUUUCGAGUUAAAGUAAGAGUCCGCCGCUGUGGCAAACUCAACGCCCCAGAGAACGGUUACAUGAAGUGCUCCAGCGAUGGCGAUAAUUACGGGGCCACCUGUGAGUUCUCCUGCAUCGGUGGCUAUGAGCUACAGGGUAGUCCUGCCCGAGUCUGUCAGUCCAACCUGGCCUGGUCUGGCACGGAGCCCACCUGUGCAGCCAUGAACGUCAACGUGGGUGUCAGAACAGCAGCGGCACUUCUGGACCAGUUUUAUGAGAAAAGGAGACUCCUCAUUGUGUCCACACCCACAGCCCGGAACCUUCUAUACAGGCUGCAGUUGGGAAUGCUGCAGCAAGCACAGUGUGGCCUGGAUCUUCGACACAUCACCGUGGUCGAGCUGGUAGGUGUGUUCCCGACCCUCAUCGGCAGGAUAGGAGCAAAGAUUAUGCCUCCAGCCCUAGCUCUGCAGCUCAGGUUGUUGCUGCGAAUCCCACUCUAUUCCUUCAGUAUGGUGCUAGUGGAUAAGCAUGGCAUGGACAAGGAGCGCUAUGUCUCCCUGGUGAUGCCUGUGGCCCUCUUCAACCUGAUUGAUACUUUCCCCUUGAGAAAAGAGGAGAUGGUCCUGCAGGCUGAAAUGGGCCAGACCUGCAACACCUGAUGCCAUGGCUCUUCUCUUCGCAGUUCCUCUGGUCGUCCAACAGAGUGCCAUGCACACGGAAAGGCCUUAAAAGUAUCCUUGAUGUACAGAUUUUUAUUUGUAAUUUUUAAAGUCUAUUUUAAUAUGAGCUUUCUUUGCACUUAAGAAUUACCAUGAUGCUUUUUGUACUUGGAAGUGUACCAAAAAAUUAUGAAUAUGAUAUUUACUCUUUCUCUUUAUUCCAUCAUGGCUGGUUGAUUUUAUAGAGAAAUUAGAAACCACAACCAUACACAUGCUUUCAAUGUGUUAUUCAGUGUAACACAUAACUUACUUCUAUUUUGUUUUUUUUAUAUAAAACUUAUAUGAAUAAAAUAUUUUGGAGCAAAUUUAUUAAAACUCAUUUUGUAUUUCAAGCACAAGCCAUACUUGCUCAAUGUGGUCAGGGGUUUGAGGGCUGGGCUUCUUAGUGGUGCUUCAGGAAGGGAAAACUGGAAACUGUAAUUACUUUUGUCAGGAGGUGCUCAGCUGAGCUGGGAGAACUGUGCUUUAACGUGAUAGCAUAGCUGAUUGAAGCAACAAGCCAAAAAUUAAAGAGUUAAGCCCUUAAUCACUAGCUGUGAUGACAUAAACAGGAGGCUAAAACCAGAGGAAGCACCAAUUCUGCC